CCACAAGGCUUUGCAGCAGCGGCUCGGCUGUGCUAGCUGCUCGGCUACAGCUCCGUCACUUGGUCAUCUGUCAGCCUGCAGACAUCCGAGCACACGGCUGUGCGCGCUACACGCUUCCGGGUUACAUGUCUUUGACAGCUUGGAAGACGCUUUGAUGUGCCGUUGAAUCAGCGAAGGACUUGAUAUCCAUGCCGCCGUCUGCGUUAGCAUCUGAGAGAAGAAUAAAAUUAAUCAAAUUCUUCAUCCUGAAGCCAAAUUCUGGCCUCACGAAUGACAAAAAAAACUGAUAUCUGGAGCCAAUUGUUUUUAAACUGCAGUUUUGCAGUAUUCAUGCUGUUAACUCGCUGAAGAAGAAGAAGAAGAAGGAGCAGGUUAUUGGAGGAUCACUUACUGCUGUGGGAGUGUGGACUGGACUGCAAGAGCAAUGAAACACAUCAUGCUGCAGAGACACUAAGGACCCUGUUUGAGCCUCUUUUGUGUAGCGCUUGUUUUUUUUUUUUUUUUCUUUUAUACUCCCUUCCUCCUUUUCCCUGCAAUCUCAUCGAUUUGGAUGGUUGAGCACAAGGGACACUUUGAAGGAGCCCACCGGUGGCCGUGGUUUGGCCGAAGCUGACAGACUGUCUGCCAGCUAUUGCUGAUUUAGUAGCGCUGACUGCUGCUGGAGUUAUUCCCCUUUGCUCUUGCUUCAGUAUCAUGAGAGGAAGCUGGAAGCAACACUGACAUGGAUCUCAGCCACUGUCAUUAGACUAACGUGUUAUCUUUUCACUUGAACUGCAAAGCACAUUUUUUUUUUUGCUGCUGGAAAAUCCUGACAGAGAACUUGAAAAUCUAUUCAACACCCGGAGAGAUCUGUUCUGUUUCAGCGGACGAUGAAGCUGAGGAAACAGGUGACAGUUUGUGGUGGGGCCAUUUUUUGUGUGGCCGUUUUUUCACUUUAUCUGAUGUUGGAUCGAGUCCAACAUGACCCAGCAAGACGACAGAGCGGUGGAAACUUUCCACGGAGCCAGAUUUCAGUCCUGCAGAACCGGAUAGAGCAGCUGGAGCAGCUCCUGGAGGAAAACCACCAAAUCAUCAGCCACAUAAAAGACUCUGUCAUGGAGCUCACAGACACGGGAGCCGUGUCCCCCAGUGGCCACCUGCCGUUUCGGACUGCCAACGGAUCCUGGGUGCUACCCUUUGAUGGCCGCCCUACUUUUCUUAAUGUAAAGCCUCAGGAUUGCCAGCUCGCCUCAGGUGGUCGCAGUCAAGCAGAUGUACAGAUGCUGGAUGUUUAUUCCCUUCUUAAAUUCGACAACCCUGAUGGCGGCGUAUGGAAGCAGGGAUUUGACAUCACUUAUGAAAAUGAUGAGUGGAACAACGAGCCUCUGCAGGUUUUCGUCGUGCCGCACUCUCACAAUGACCCAGGUUGGAUCAAAACCUUCGACAAGUAUCUUUUGGAACAGACGCAGCACAUAUUAAACAACAUGGUGGUGAAACUGUCGGAGGAUUCCCGCAGGAAGUUUAUCUGGUCGGAGAUUUCGUUCUUAUCAAAGUGGUGGGAGACAGCGGACAAACAGAAACGAGAAACAGUGCGCAAACUGAUCCAGGCAGGGCAGCUGGAGAUAGCGACGGGUGGAUGGGUGAUGACGGAUGAAGCCAACGUUCACUACUUUGCCAUGAUCGACCAGCUUAUCGAAGGACAUCAAUGGGUGGAGAGAAAUCUAGGUGUCACGCCUCGCAGCGGAUGGGCCGUGGACCCCUUUGGUCACAGUGCCACGAUGCCCUACCUGUUAAAAAGAGCCAACCUGACCAGCAUGCUCAUCCAGCGGGUUCACUACUCCAUAAAGAAACAUUUCGCCUCAACCCGGAGCCUGGAGUUCAUGUGGCGGCAGGCCUGGGACUCCGGCUCCAGUUCAGACAUCUUCUGCCAUAUGAUGCCAUUCUACAGCUACGACGUGCCGCACACCUGCGGACCCGACCCGAAGAUCUGCUGUCAGUUCGACUUCAAGAGGUUACCAGGAGGACGGAUUAACUGUCCAUGGAAAGUGCCACCGAAGGCUAUUGUGGACUCAAACGUGGAAGAAAGGGCGCACCUGCUGCUAGACCAGUACCGCAAAAAGUCCAAGCUUUAUCGCAGCAAAGUUCUCCUCAUCCCCCUUGGCGACGACUUCCGCUACGAUAAAGCGGUGGAGUGGGAUCAGCAGUACAUCAACUACCAGAAGCUCUUUGACUACAUGAAUUCUCACCCAGACAUGCAUGUGCAGGCUCAGUUUGGGACACUCACAGACUACUUCAAUGCUCUUUACAAAGCAAACGGCGUUGCACAGGGAUCCAAACCUGCCGACUUCCCAGUGCUGAGUGGAGAUUUCUUUUCCUAUGCGGACCGUGAAGACCACUACUGGACGGGCUUUUUUACGUCCCGACCCUUUUAUAAAAGCUUGGACCGCGUCUUGGAGUCCCACCUCAGGGGGGCAGAGAUUCUCUACAGCCUGGCUGUUUCAAAUGCUCGACACGUGGGCAUGGAAGGACGCUACCCAGUCUCAGACUAUGGUCUGCUUGUUGAUGCAAGGCGGUCUCUUGCCCUCUUCCAGCAUCACGACGCCAUAACUGGCACGGCAAAGGAGAACGUCGUCGUCGACUACGGCAACCGGUUGCUUCGGGCGCUCAUUGGUCUGAAGCGAGUAAUUAUCAACGCUGCUCAUUUCCUGGUGAUGAAAAACAAAGAGUUCUAUCGCUUCUAUCAGACCGAGCCGUUCUUGGAGACGGAUGAUCGGCGUGCCACUCAAGACUCCCUGCCUCAGCGCACAUUGAUCGAGCUCGACACAGCAGGGCCCAGGGAGUGUGACUUAACUGAGACUGCAGGGUUGAACAUAUUUCAAGAGCUGAGAGCCAGGCUCAGGAAAGUCAGGACAAUGUUUGCUGAAAGCAACAGAGCAGGAGAGAAGAUUGACAGGUAUGUGGUCCUGUUCAACCCUGUUGAGCAGGAGCGCCUGUGCACUGUGACAGUGUGGGUCAACACGGUCAAGGUGCGUGUGCUGACAGAGGAUGGCCAGACUCUCCCUGUGCAGCUCAGUGGUCAGUGGAGCUCUCCAAGUCAAAUGAGUGCCGAAGUGUUUGAGGCCACGUUCAUGGCUCGCUUGCCGCCACUAGGUCUCGCUGUGUUCCACAUUUACAACUCCCCGGACUCGCCCAUGACGCUCCGCUCUGAGACAGUCCUCCGGGUGCCUCCGCGGGCCGUCACCCCGCGAGCCUCUGACCCACUUCCAGUCCGGUUGCAGCAGGCAGAACCUCAGACCGUCUACAUCAGCAGUCAGUCCCUCACACUGGGCUUCUCCGGCACCACUGGGCUGCUGGAGAGUGUCAAGCGGAAGGAUGAUCCUCAGGAAGUGAAGGUUCAGAUGCAGUUUAUGAUCUACGGCACACGUCCCUCCAAAGACAAAAGCGGGGCUUAUCUUUUCCUGCCUGAUGGGAAUGCCAAGCCUUAUACCCACAAAGAGCCGCCCGUGGUGCGUGUUGUGGAGGGGCCUCUUUUCUCUGAAGUGGUGGCAAAUUACCAGCACUUUCAGCAGACCAUUCGCAUACACAAUGUGCCAGGUGUGGAUGGUUUGUCUCUAGACAUCACCACAGUGGUGGACAUCAGAGAUCAGAACAAUAAGGAGCUGGCAAUGCGACUGAUCACAGACAUCCAGAGCGGAGACGUCUUCUACACCGACCUCAACGGCUUCCAGAUCCAGCCGCGGCGCUUCCACCUCAAGCUCCCCCUACAGGCCAACUUUUACCCCAUGCCCAGCCAGGCCUACAUCCAGGACGGCCAGCACCGGCUCACGCUGCACACAGCCCAGGCUCUCGGCGUCAGCAGUCUAGAAAGCGGUCAACUCGAAGUUAUUUUGGACCGGCGCCUGAUGCAGGACGAUAACCGUGGGCUGGGUCAAGGCCUGAAGGACAAUAAGAAGACUGUUAAUCGCUUCAGACUGCUGCUGGAGAGAAGAUCUGUGGGCAAUAAGCAUGUUGGCUUCCUCGCGUCCUUGUUUCAUUCUCUCCUCUCCAAAAUCUGGAGUGGCAGAGUUCAAGAGAUGACGGACAACGCUGCGACCAGCUUUCCCUCGAUCCUCAGUCACAUGACCAACGGCAUCCUCAACCACGAGGUGCUGGCGCUGCCUGUCAUUCCGAAGAGGCGCGGCGUCCCUCCGCUGCAGACCUUUGCUCCCUUCAAGUCUUUUCUCCCUUGUGACAUUCAUCUGGUGAACUUGAGGAGCAUCCAGAGUCAGCAGGACGCCUCAAUACCGUCUGCCUACACUGCCUUGAUCCUUCACCGCCUGGGCCUGGACUGUGGGCUGGAGGGACAAAACCUGGGCUUCAACUGCACCACCACACAAGGGCAGGUGAGCAUCUCAGGACUGUUCAAGAACUUGGACCUGCAGCUGCUGCAGCCGACGUCUCUGACGCUGAUGCACUCCAGCCCCCCGCUGGCCAACGACUCCGCGGUGAGCCUGGAGCCCAUGGAAAUAUCCACCUUCAAGCUCAAGCUGCGCUAAAGAGCCUCACCACUUGAAGACCACAGUCGGACUCUUUGAACCAGAAAUGAUUCAGAGCGACACAGACGAGCCUCUUUGCCACGUGCACACGCUGAACCUGAAAUGUGGCAGGCGUAAUGGGACCAAACGCCCAGCAGGGGGCGGGCUAUAGCUGUGAGCGUGGAGGGAGGUCUGCAAGCGGCUGGAGCCCCACCAGACAGCGGGUGCCAAGUCCCGCUCGCUCUGGAGGAACUUCCUCUUUUUUUUUUUUUUUUUAAACAUUCUUUGAACUGAACUACUGAAUGUAAAUAUCCCGGUGACAGUGGGAGGGAGGGCUGGGGGCUGCGAUUAGUGCCACAUCUGAGUGCAAUUCUCAAAGCUUUAUUUGGUUCGAGGGUUCCUGAUUUUUUUUUUUUUUUAAGUGCACGGUGAACAUCGGCCAUUUUUGUUUUUCUACCUGACAAAAGUUCACUUGAUCGUUUCUGACAGACACGAAUGCAGCAAAGAGAAUGUCUCCCUCUCAACUCUCACGAUCUAUAAGCUGUGGUGUGGCUGACUAUGGUGAUGGAACCUGUCCUCAGUCGACUGUUCACCUUCCCGCCCGUCUUUCCUUUUGUUCAUAACUCGAGUGCUUCCUUUUUUCUUCAUCUGUCGGGGGUUUGUUUGUGUGUGGGAAGGGAUUCCAGUUGCACUUCUUAGCUGCGAUCCAUUCCUGUGUUCACAGCUCGGUGUAUGCAGUAGAGGAGUAGACAAGCGUAUACCUCAUAUAUUAAUGUUCACGUGCGAGUCAAUGCCACUGCCGGAGGUGUUCCAGUCGGUCUCAUGAGGUUCGGUGUUCACCAUCAGGGACCGUCCGUGUGCCUGGCAGCCAUCAUGUCACUGGAACCUUCUGUUUAAAUGUGAGCACAGCCAUCCACCAGACAAAAAAAAAAGUAUUCGAUAGGUGUCGUUUCAAAUGAGGCGUGUCAACAGUGUAAGAAAAAAAGUAGGGAAUAUUUUCUUGUCUGCUGCGAAAAAAAAAAAAAAAAAAUCUGAAUUCUGGGUCAUGCUGGAGCGCCCUUUGGCAGAUUUAUUAUUUAAGACUUGCACAGCAUCAGAAUGUGUGUGUCCAUUCUUGGAUCAGCUUCCGGCUCUUAUGUUUUGACGGAUCGAUAAUUCUUCAACUGACCAAUCAUCAUUUAGGUUUGUUUGAUUUUUCGAAGCGGACGUUUCCAUUCCAGAUGUUUGACCCGAAAAAGAGUCGGUGUUGAGACGUUUUAGACGCCUCAUGUCGAGAACCGAAGUUCAAAGGCGGAAAGUCGUUGAGAUAAUUGGAGUUUUUCAAUAAUUUACGCCCCAAACUUUUUGUAAUUACUUCAUGUACAUUGUUUGAUGUUGAAUAUUUCAUUUCCACAUCUGUGGCGAAUGAGGGUUCAUUUUUAAUGUGGAGCUAGAUCACUGCUAAAUCUGACUUUGUUUCCAAAAAAUGUUUCCAAAUUUUGGUUCAUAAUUUAUUAUGUUGAGAAGCCGAACAAGAGGCUCACGUGUAAAUGCGUGAAUAAACACGCUUAGGGACGGAGGUCAGGUGACCCUUCCAAACGCGUAGUUCUAACCACAAAUGCACCCUGGUUUUUCCAAAUGCCGGGCUUCUCCCCUCGAGGCGGUCUGUCUCUCUGGGAACACACAGACGUGUGACUGAGCACUUGCUUUUCUCUCUCUCUCUCUCUGUUUUUUUUUUUUUUUCUCUUCUCUCGUACGGAACAUCUCAUCUCAUCCUCACAUACCGAGGUCCUGUCAUCUCCCAUGUUUCCAUUCACCUGAACUUCUUGCUGCUGUUGUUCCAGAUGUCUCGUCUGUAAUUGUCCUUUUUUUUUCUUUUAAUGUGAUUCUUGUUGUAGCACUGUUCUCAUUGGUUCAGAGGUCAAAUAUGGUGUCAGUUCUCCUCUAGAUUGAUGAAUUGAUGGUGGAAUGAAGAUGCAAACGUGAAGGGGGACAUUAAUAAAGAUCAAAAUACCAAAUAAAAUGUUUAU